UGCUCCUCUACCCCGGCGGUGCCCGAGCGAGGGGGGAGACGGCGCAGGGACCAUGAGGGGCUUCGGGGCCAUCGCGAUUUUGGGGACAUUCCUGCUCCUGGCUGAGGCUCAGCGAAGAGCCACCAGCCGCAGCCGUGGCCGGAGCCCGGCGUGGAGGGGACGGCCGGGACCGAUCCACACCUGGAACUCGGAGCUUUACCUGCCCUGGAGCGAGGGGAGCCGCGACUGCUGGCGAGGUGGCGAUGUCACUUUUGAUAUCAGCAAUGACGCCCCGACCAUGGCUGGGGCCGAUGCCACGUUCAGCAUCGCGCUGCGGUUCCCGAGCUCGCAGAGAGCGCUGCCCGACGGCCGCGUGGUGUGGGGGCAGAACUGCACCGUUAAUGGCACGCAGGUGACAGAAGGUGACCCGGUGUUCCCGGAGCAGCCGGACGCGGCCGGGACCUUUCCGGACGGGCAGCCCCUGCCCCGGGACCGGCGCGGCAAGUUCGUCUACGUGUGGUGGACAUGGGGGCGCUACUGGCAGGUGGUGGACGGCGCGGCGUCGCGGCUGACCGUGGGCACGGCGGGGGUGGCGCUGGGCUCCUACACCAUGGAGGUGGCCGUGUACCACUACCGGGGCCGCCAGAAAUUCAUCCCCAUCGGCCACGCCAGCACCCAGUUCAGCAUCACCGACCAGGUCCCGCUGGCCGUGGACGUGUCGCAGCUGCAGGACGCGGUGACAAGCGACGGCCGCUUCGUUCGGAACCGCCCGGUGUCGUUCGCGGUGCGGCUGCACGACCCGAGCCGCUUCCUGCGCGACGCCGACGUGUCCUACUCGUGGGACUUCGGCGACCAGAGCGGGACGUUGAUCUCGCGCAGCGCCACUGUCACCCACACCUACCUGGACACCGGAACGUUCUCGGCCCGCCUGGUGCUCCAGGCCGCGAUCCCGCUCAGUCCCUGCGGCCCCACGGCCGCGCCCUCGGCCGGACCCACGGGCAGCGAGCCCGCGGCCACCACCCCCGCCGGGGAACCGAGCACCGCGGCGGGCAGCACCGCCCCCCCAGCGUCCGGGGAACCCGCGGACCCCUCGGACCCCGCUGUCACCGAGCCCUCUGUCCCUGUUGUCACCGAGCCCUCUGUCCCCGCCGUCACCGCCGCCAUCGACCCCUCUGUCCCCGCUGUCACCGAGCUCUCCGUCCCCUCCGCCACCGCUGCUGUCACCUCCUCCCUGUCCCCCGCUGUCGCCACCGCGGCUGGGGACACCUCUGUCACCCCCCUGGAGGGGACAGCGGCUGCAGAUGUGGCGACAGAAGAAGACGCGGGUGAUGUCACAGCUGCAGCCACAGCUGGAUCGGCCACAGCUGCAACCACAGCUGCAGCCACAGCUGGAUUGGUCACAGCUGGAUCAGCCACAGCUGGAUCGGCCCUCGAUGCCACCGCUGCAGCCACGCUCGCUGUCACUGUGGAUGCCACCCUAGCGGCCACCUUGGGAGCCACCGCGGUGUCCCUGGCUGCUGCCACAGCUGGAGCCACAGCUGGAGCCACAGCUGGAGCCACAGCUGGAGGCACGGAACAGCCGCUGGCGCUGGUCAAGCGCCAGGCCCCGGCCGAGGACGCGCCCGGGUGUGUCCUGUAUCGAUACGGAACCUUCGCCACCCAGCUGGACAUCGUCCAGGGCAUCGAGAGCGUGUCCAUCGUGCAGGUGCUGCCCGAGGGCGGCGGCAGCAGCGUGGAGCUGACGGUGACCUGCGAGGGCGGGAUGCCCGAGGAGGUUUGCACGGUGGUGGCCGACGCCGAAUGUCGCACGGCCGAGGCGGAGUCGUGCUCGGCGGUGUCGCCGUCGCCGGGCUGCGAGCUCGUGCUGCGCCAGGACUUCAACAGGAGCGGCCUCUUCUGCCUCAACGUGUCCCUGGCCAACGGCAACGGGCUGGCCGUGGCCACCACCCGAGUGGCUGUGGGAGGGCCCGCUCCGGUCUCCGGUCGGACCACGCUGUUCGUGGGGCUCGUGCUGGUGGCGGCAGCUCUGGGCACGGCCGCGUACACCUACAGACGAGUCAAGUACACAGCGCUGUCCCCAGCGCCCCCCGCGCCCCCCGCCCGCUCCCGGGGGUGGCUGUCCCCAAAUGUCACCGUGCGGCGACUCCUCCAACGCGCCCUGGGCGGGACCCCGAGCGGCGAGAGCAGCCCCCUCCUCCGGGGCCACUCCGUUUAGGGACCCCCACCCCAA